AUGUCAGCUGCGCUUGAAUGCUUUCGUUCAUUGCAUAAUUUCACCCAAGAUGAAUUGACUACUGGACGUAUCAUCUAUGGAGUACUGCUCGCCUCGAUAGCCACUGUUUCGGCCCCUUUAAAUAUGCUUCUGCUAAUUGUUAUUCUUACCACCGGAGCCAUAAAAAAUCCUUUUCGCUUCUAUUUGUUGAGCGCUACCUCAGCCGGACUACUGGGUCUUGUGCCCGUUUAUGCCACUCUAUUGCCUGCUGUGUUUUUCAAUGUUCGACUCAAAGAUCCAACGAAUAUAAUCGUUUCCACUACGGAUACUCUAUCGUAUCUUGCCUUGAUGAUGACUACCACGACAAUUGCAACCGAUCGGCUCCUGUUCUUUUUGUUACCAAAGGUUUGUAUGAGUAAGCGGUGCAUACAAAUUUGA